AUGCCACCGCCGACACCACCAGCGCCUUCACCGCGCACGGUCUACGAUAUUGUGAAGUCACACAUACAGCUUCCAAUCAACCGCGACUACAAUGCCCUGAAGCGCGUGCUGCGCGAUUGGCUGGCGUACAGCACGCACACGCCGUUGCAGGAGAAGCCGACCUUCACAGCGGAGCUAGUCAUCACCAUUACCCGAAUGCCGCCCGAGACUCUGAGCACCAUCGCACAGGGUGCAGGUGGCAUCAGCGGAGCUGCGGUCGGCAAGGCGCAUUCAGCACGAGGAGGAAGGCGUUGGUGGCCUUUGUGGGGCACGCGCGAGGAUCGCAAUAGCGCUGGCGACCCUACGUUGGCCGCAAAGGUAGCCGGCGCUGCUUCGUCCUCUGCGCCCGCCAUCCCUCCCUACGUGUACCGUAAGGUCGUGCCUCUCCACGUGUGGACUGCGGUGCUGCCCUGGGAAAUGCAGCGCGGGCUGUCCUUCAGUGAUCUGCGGCUGCCUCAGAACAUGUCGUCGUCGCGUGGCGCCGAGUCAGACUCGACUGCAUCCUCUGACAAGACAGCGGCUGAUCCGCGCGCGCCAUCCGACAUACCAGUGCGGCCGCCACAGCAGCGGCAGCAGGGGGCAGCUGUGUAUGCUGAGGAAGAGGACCCGUACGGGGUGGUCACGCCACCCAUCGCCUUCGGCGAGGGCAACAGUGCGAGCGCGGCGGCGGCGGCGCUCGCUCGCGCUCCGCUCUGUGCGGCAACCACUGCCACAGCAGCAGCAGCACCAACCUCCUCCUUGUCCAUCACACCCGUCUCGCCUGCGAUGCUGUUCCUCACUGAUAUACGCUCUACCAAAGCCCACGGCAUCGGCUUCUGGAGUGGGGCGAUCCGUCAAGCCGUCGAUGUGCUCUUUGUUGGGCCGACGCUGCCUCGCUCCGUCGGCGACGCCUCCGCGUCGUUUCGGCAACUUCGUCAACAGGAAGGUUUCGCGCUGGUGAUGGAAAACAAGAUCUCCAGCGAAGUGCUUCAUCGCUUCUUCCCGUUGCAAGAGAUACGAUCUCCGUCGUCGUCCGCGGCGUCGGCCUCGUCCGCCACCUUCCGCGUCCACUCCUUCGGGCACCUGGACCCACUGCCCCCGUCACUCCACCCAUCGCGACUCGGAGUUGACGAUUGGCGGGAGGAAUACCGUGGGUUGUCCUUCACCGUGGCGCCGGAUGCACCUUACAACACUCCAGAGGAGGCACCACGGUAUGUCUUCGAGGUGCCACGUCACACACUGCGACCUGCCGUGGCGGCAGCACUGAAGGAGAGUCGCAGCGCUCACCAAGAGCUACUGCACGCCCGCGAUGCACAAGGCCGUACUCUCGGCAAAGCCGCGACCCCCAUUCACGAUUGUGAUGCGACCGGCAGCAAACUAUGUAGGCAGGCGGACGACGACGUCUCCAUCGACCUUGUCGUCAACCUGUCACCGCAGCUGCGCGCUGACCUCUUCUCCAAGGCGCAGCUGUGCGUGGAGUACGUGUCGUUGCUGGAGGAGGCUGUUGCCCACUAUGCGCGCAUGCUCAACACGGACACUGCGGCCGCUGCAGAAGUACCACUGGACGAAAGGCUUCCUAGUCACGCGGACGCUGGCGCUGGAGCUGGAGCAGGGAGUGGAAGACGCAUGAAGGUGUGGCUGUCCGAGCACGAGUUCCGUUGGAUGACGCCAGAGGAACUGAAGCAGGCCUCUGAAGCUGAAGCAGCGACCGAGCAGCAGGCUCAGACGAACUCCUCGAUUCAUGCAGACCAGGAAGGCGUCUUUCAAGAAUCUCGCGAAGAGGCUGCCGCUGUGACGCAAACGAAAUACAAUGACGUCGCUGUUGUCGGCGCGGCAGCUGAAGCAACGCUGCGCGACACCGCCGCCAGCGCUGUGGCGGCACAGUCAGCUCGGCCGGGGGCCGUCAGCGCGGCUCGCAGCAUCAGUCUGCAGUCACCCAUCCUGCGGUGUGAGGAAGAAGGCUGCCCUUCGUAUCUCGCUCCGUCGUUUGUGGGCCGUCACGAGGCACCCGCCCUGCAGAGCAGCGUUGUUGUGCUGAGCGCUGACAAGCUCGCCCGCUACCCCCGCACGCAUUCCCACAUGCAGGAGCUGCCGCCAGUAGACUACGAGUUGUACGAGCUGUGCAUGCGUCUUGGGGUUGGGCAGCAGUCGGUCCUGUAUCACUACCACGAGCGCAUCCUGCACGAGUGGCGUCGUGAGCUGCACCGCCUGCGGCAGCAGCAGAAGGCUUGUGGUGCAUCCGAGCCUCCCCACGUAACAGCCCCGUCACGCUUGGCUAAGGAAGAUGUGCAGCGUAUGGUGGGCCUCGUGCGAGACCGAAGCCUGCAGCUGCCCUCCGACAUGGUCUCUCUCGUGGAGGCUGUGGCUGCGGCGAUGUGA